AUGAGAAACAAGUCUAUAUUUGUCACCGUACUACCCAAAGACAAGAACUUCCUUUCCGUUUGUCCCAUCAUUUCAGUCCAGGAAGGAGAUUUUCUUGGAGUUUUUGCUGGGAUGAUUCGCUAUUCAGGGCCCUGCAACGUCACAUAUGGUGUGCCUGGCCCUGAAGAAAAUCUCUGGUUGGACUAUUCCACAGUCACUGGGGCACUCAAUCUGAUGAGCGUAUCGCGCCCUGGCGAAGAUUCCAAUGUUCGCCUUGACUGGGAGCUCAUUAGUGAGCGGAAAGGAGAAAAGCCGUUCUUGAUGUGGAGGGUGACAGUUCGAGCUCUUCGGCUGAUUAGAUCGUUUGAAGAGAUGAUUAGAGCUGCUCCGCGAAAGGAACAAUACCUUUUGCAUAAGUCAGCAGCCGGCGCAGAAAGGGGAUUCAGGAAAGGUGAACAGUAA